AUGGCAAACAUCACCUCGGCUAUUAUACCGGCCGUCAAACAUCUUGCGGUUGGAGAUUAUAAUGUCUUCUACCGAGAAGCUGGUCUAGCCGAUGCUCCCACAAUCCUACUGCUUCAUGGGUUUCCCACGUCUUCAUUCAUGUUUCGCCACCUGAUCCCGAUCCUCGCAGUGAGCUAUCAUGUAAUUGCCUUGGACUAUCCGGGAUUUGGAUUCACAACAGUUCCUUCCAAAUUUCCUCAUACAUUCGAUAACCUUGCUACUGUUACCGAAAAAUUCUUGGAAGCUCUCCAUAUUUCGAAGUAUGCCCUUUAUAUAUUUGACUACGGUGCCCCUGUUGGCUUGAAGCUUGCUGUACGAAACCCCAAAAGCGUAACGGCUAUAAUUUCGCAAAACGGCAACGCGUACGAUGAGGGUCUAGGGCCAUUUUGGGAUCCCGUGAAAAAAUACUGGGCAUCGGGAAGCAAGACUGACCGUGAGGCUUUGGAAGGAGUUCUCUCAUUUAACACUACAGAGGGGCAAUACACCGGUGGAACUACGGACGUUGCCGCUCUGGAGCCUGAAUCAUGGUGGCUUGACUGGACUCUCAUGGCAAACAGGCCAGGCAACGAUGAUUAUCAACUCGACCUGUUCUAUGACUACCGAAACAAUGUCAAGCAGUAUCCAGAGUUCCAAGAAUACUUUCGCAAGUCUCAGGUGCCACUACUUGCUGUGUGGGGCGAGAAAGAUACGAUUUUUAUUCCACCUGGAGCCAACGCUUUCAAGCGCGACUUGCCCAAGGCUGAGAUUCAUCUGCUCGAUGCUGGACAUUUUACAUUGAUCAGCAACCUAGAUCAGAUGGUGGGAUAUAUACUCCCGUUCCUUGCCAAACAUCUUGGCAAAGGAUGUUAG